AUCAUCGGAAAUAAUGAGCACAUUGUCAUUUACCUUGAUCAACUUUGUCGAUUCCCUUGUUUUGAUACAUUUAGAUAUUUUUUAUGACGAUGCAUAACUAACACAUGUUAUCUAUGUUUUUUUUCACUACGUCCUCAGUUCCAAGAAUAUCAAGUAGUUGGUCGCAAGCUCCCGUCCGCCCAAGAGCCUACCCCUAAGCUCUUCCGCAUGCGUAUCUUCGCUCCUAAUGUUGUUGUCGCUAAGUCUCGCUUCUGGUACUUCUUGAAGAAGCUCCGCAAGGUCAAGAAGGCCGCUGGUGAAAUCGUUUCCGUCAACAUUAUUGCCGAAAAGCGUCCUGAACAAAUCAAGAACUUCGGUAUCUGGAUUCGUUAUGACUCUCGUUCCGGUACUCACAACAUGUACAAGGAAUACCGUGCUAUGAGCCGUGUUGAAGCCGUCGAAACUUGUUACCAAGAUAUGGCUGCUCGUCACCGUGCUCGUUUCAGAUCUGUCCAAAUCAUUCGUGUUGCUGAAGUUAAGGAUGCCGAUGUUCGUCGUCAAUACAUCAAGCAACUCUUGGUUCCCAAGCUCUCUUUCCCCUUGCCUCAUCGUAUUGCCAAGGCCGACAAGAAGCACCGUGCUCUCUUUGUUGCCAAGAGACCUUCUACUUUCUACUAAACUCUUUCUUUGUUUUGCUAGUUGUGUUGUGUUCUCCUCUCUUU